UAAUCUUUUUAAAUUUACGUGUAAAUAUCACCGGAUAUCACUCAUGGAUACACUACCAAGUCUCCGUCCUCCCAUCAGUUGCAACUAUAUUUCACCAUCCAAAAAUCUAUAUCACGGUAACCACCGCCACCAGUUCAGCUGCAAAACACAUCGAAUCUCCGCAGUGGAUGAAGUUUCCGCGGUUACAUUUGAUCCGGGUGCGCCUGAUAUCACCUGGCAGAUUGUAGUUGGAUCCAUUGCUGGAGUUGCUCCCUUUGUGGUUGCGGGGAUCGAAUUCAGCAAGCGAAUUGUGGCUCAGAAGAAGUGCAACGAAUGUGGUGGUUCAGGGCUUGUAUUGAUAGAGGAUGAGUAUAUUCGGUGCCCUAAUUGUGGUGGAUUUCUGCCAUGGCAAUCUUGGAGAAGAUUCUUUUCUGGUUAAAUUGCACCAUUUCUCAGUGUAGAUCACAAGUUUGAAGUCACUAUAAUGAUGUUAAUAUUAUAUGAUAUGGAAAUGUACAACAUAUGUUCUAAUUCGGUUCGGGUUUUGGUUCCU